AUUUUGAGUGUAAUGAAAAAAUCUGCCUUAUCGAAUGAGAGAUUCUCUCUCUUCCUUUUGAUGAGGAAGAGGUGAGGUGAGCAAAGGCAAACCUUCCAAAGCCACCCCCUUUCUCUCACUCUCUCUCCCGUUUAGAUAAACAAUCAAAUUCCCCCUCCACCAAAAAGAAAAACAAUUAAAAAAAAAAACCUGAAAACUGAAGCCACUUUCUUUUUCCCAGGAAGCGAACAAACAGGAAAAAAAAAACCACAUUAAAACGAUAACCACAGCGACCACUUUUUAAGACAAAAUAUGCAAAAAAAAAAAACCCAAAAAGUUAAAAGAAAAAUCAAACCCUGUUUUAGGGCCUCCUCCACUAAUAUUCCAUCCCUGAAACCGUGAAAGCGCGCGCUAGAGAGCGAGAGAGAGAGAGAGAGAGAGAGGACCUUUCAGGGAAAGUCCAAUCCUGCCUCCCCCCCCCCCUUCUUUACGGAAUCUUUGUCCUCUUGGGUUGUUAUUGGUUGAAAGAAAAAAAAAACCCAUGUCCUUUUGAUUUUCAACUGAUGUCUCUGUUGCCAAAGAGCGAUUCAAUCCAAAUCCGUGAGGUAUGGAACGAUAACCUUGAGGAGGAAUUUGCUUUGAUUCGUGAAAUUGUUGAUGAUUACCCGUACAUUGCCAUGGACACCGAGUUUCCAGGCAUUGUUUUACGUCCGGUUGGCAAUUUCAAGAGCAGCUAUGACUAUCACUACCAAACCUUGAAAGACAAUGUUGAUAUGUUAAAGUUGAUUCAAUUGGGUCUUACCUUUUCAGAUGAGAAAGGGAACUUGCCUACCUGUGGAACUGAUAAGUAUUGCAUUUGGCAAUUUAAUUUUUGUGAGUUUAAUGUCGACGAGGAUGUCUUUGCUAAUGAUUCUAUUGAGCUUUUGAGACAAAGUGGGAUUGAUUUCAAGAAGAACAAUGAGAAGGGUAUUGAUGCAAUGAGGUUCGGUGAGCUUUUAAUAUCUUCAGGGAUUGUUUUAAAUGAUAGCGUGUAUUGGGUUACUUUCCACAGUGGUUACGAUUUCGGUUACUUGCUUAAGCUCUUGACUUGCCAGAACUUACCGGAUACGCAAGUUGGGUUCUUUAAUUUGAUCAAUAUUUACUUUCCCACACUCUAUGAUAUCAAGCAUUUGAUGAAGUUUUGUAACAGUUUGCAUGGGGGAUUGAACAAGCUUGCAGAGUUGCUGGAAGUGGAAAGAGUUGGGAUCUGUCAUCAAGCAGGUUCUGAUAGUUUGCUCACAUCUUGUACAUUCAGGAAACUCAAGGAGAAUUUCUUUAGUGGUACUUUGGAAAAAUAUUCCGGUGUAUUGUAUGGUUUAGGUGUUGAAAAUGCUCAUUGAUAAUGAGAAGUAAUAGAAAGAAAAAGAAAAAAGAAAGAAAAGAAAAGGAUAACUGUUUGUUGUCUUUGUGAGUGUGCCUCAUAUCAGCACUUCAAUAUACACUUUUGGCAACAAUUUCCGUAAGUUAUGAAUAUUUUCGUAUGCUUAUCAUUUUCA